UGUUGAUUUGUAUAACUUGAUAGGGAUUCCAUUCUAUUUAAAUUUAACAGUACCAUUCUAUUCCAUUAAUGGUUCGCUUUCCUUUUUUAAAAUAUGAUUUACUUAUUUUUAAUCACAUUGCUUUAUAAAUCACGUUGGGAGAGAAAAAUCGAGCAAAAGGGAAAACCAUGGGAGAGGAAAAAAAAAAAACAGAAAAAAAAAAAAAAAGAAGUGAAUGUAGCAUGUGUUGAUUUACAUUCAGUCUCCUUAGUUCUUUUUCUGGAUGCAGAUGGCAUUUUCUGUCCAAAGUCUAUUGGGAUUGCUUUGGAUCACUGAACCAACUGAGACGUUCCUGAGUCUUCUACUCACUCAGUGACAAGGAACUGGAGACUUGGGGAAUGGUUGACUAAGUUGUGAUAUAUGAAGGCCGAUUUCCAAAAAGCCUUGAUUUACGUGAAUUGAUGCUGAGGGAAGUGAGUAGAACCAAGAGAACACUGCACCGAGCACCAAGAUUAUGGGAUGAUCAAUGCUGACGGAGGUGGCUCUUUUCAACAAUGAGGUGAUUCGGGCCAGGUCCGAUGGCCUUGUGAUGGAAAAAGCCACCAGCACCCACACAGAGACUGUGGAUCACAACACAGAAUUUUCACUUUUUUUUUCUUUCUUGUGGGUUUUUUUUUCCUUUUGGUCUGAUUUUUCUUGCACAACAUGACAACUAUGGAAACUUUUUUUUUUUUUAAUUGCCUAUAUUUCACCUACAUCGGGUUGCUUGCUGUCUCGGGGAGGGAGAAAAAUUUAGAAAGUGAGAAUUUUACAAAAAUGAACGCUGAAAACUAUCUUUAUGAUACUAUGCACUUGGACAAAUAAAAUACUAUUGGGAAAAGGUGUUAUGCUCGGCGGGCAGCUGGUCCUCUGUUCUAAGUCUGUCUGAAAUCUCCAUUCAUUUUUAGCAGAAGCCGCCAGGUCUUGUCUUCAUUUCCUGAACUUUUUCCCAGGAUGCUCGGAGCAAUUUCUUUUCUGAUAGUUCACUGCUGCCAUGGGGAUGAAAUACACAUUCUUCAGGCUGGUAUUUGAAGUCUUCCAGAAUGGAAUUUCAAGCUACUCCUUCCACGUCGGUUGGAAGCGCCUCCCAGGCCAGCGGGUCCCCGAUUUCAACUCCCUCUCAGCUGACAUCCCCGUCCUCAGGCCCCUCCCCAACACAUUCCGUACUUAGUCCUUCCCCUUCCGCAUCCCACGUGCCUCCUCCGCAGGCGGAACCUUGGUCGUCCAGCCAGAGGUGUCCCCGCCCACGGUGCCCGCCGUUCCCUUCCGGGAGCGGGCCGGAAGUGCCUUCGCGUAGGCCCCAUCCCCUGCGUCAGGUGACGGGAUCCCGUAGAGGAGGCUCCGGACCCGCCACAGCCGGAGCCGGACUGACGUGACGGGCGGCAGACGGGACGAGCGAGCGAGCGCUGAGGAGCUCGACUGGAAGAUUGGUUCGGCCUUGGCUCUCCGUGGACGCCGGAAAUGGCCAGCAAAGGGCCCACGACCUCGACGUCUCCCGAGAACUCCAGCACGGGGGGCGCGAGUGGCAGCAGCAAUGGCCCCGGGGAGAACAGCAGUCAGGACAGCACGUUCGAGUGCAACAUCUGCUUGGACACGGCCAAGGAUGCCGUCAUCAGCCUCUGCGGGCACCUCUUCUGUUGGCCGUGUUUACAUCAGUGGUUGGAGACCAGACCCAACAGACAGGUGUGUCCGGUGUGCAAGGCAGGGAUCAGCCGAGAUAAAGUGAUCCCUCUGUACGGCAGGGGCAGCACUGGGCAGCAGGACCCCAGAGAGAAGACUCCUCCCCGACCUCAGGGACAGAGACCGGAGCCUGAGAACAGGGGGGGGUUUCAAGGCUUCGGUUUUGGCGAUGGCGGCUUCCAGAUGUCUUUUGGGAUCGGAGCCUUUCCUUUUGGGAUCUUCGCUACAGCGUUUAACAUUAAUGAUGGGCGGCCCCCUCCAGCUGUUCCCGGGACUCCCCAGUACGUGGAUGAGCAGUUCCUGUCUCGGCUUUUCCUGUUUGUGGCCCUGGUGAUCAUGUUUUGGCUGUUGAUCGCGUAACCGUGUGUCCUGGCCUGGGUAGUCAGCGGCAGCAGGGCCUCUGACCCGGUUACCAGCCCUCACCCGUCCCUCCUUGAACCGUCGCUGCCCGGCUCCCGAGCCUCAGGCCAGAGCAUUGGCGGGGUCGGCGGCGCAGGGAGGACCCUGGCUUCUGGGAGCAGAGCUUUGGAAGGAAACGAACUAGACUUUGGUCGAUGAGUCCCCGUCUCGGAGUCCUCCCCCUCCAGCCUCGGGCCUGGCUUAGAGACCCUGUGCCAGCUGGCUUGGAGGGGACUGAUCUGAGGCUGGGAGGGGCUGGGGAGAGAGGAGCCCCUGCGCUGCCAUCUGCCUCCAUCGCAAAAGUAAAGGGAAGGACCGAAUGGUACCCUUUGAACUGGACUUCCUCUCCUUAGACUCUAAAACACUGCGUCCAGCAGCAGUCUGCUCCUGCCCGCCCGUGUGGACCAGCUGUGCACAGGACAUGCCGAGGCCGGGCCUUCUGCUCCCCACCACUCUCCCAGCCCCAGCUUCCUCCCUCUUCUCCCUCACGGUUCCUCAGGUGGGCCCGGAGGCGGGCCGCAGGGCUGUCUGAAUCAGCAGAGGUAGCUCCGGUGGCCUGGGGGCACCGGAGCGACCCGGACACUCUGGCUUCCUCCCGGGCUCGGGCCUUGGAGGGGCCUUGGCUCCCUUCUUCCCUGCUAGAGACAGCUGGCUCUGCUCCUGGGCUUCCCGUCCUGUUCUUCCUGGGAACUGUAGCCAUGCUGGCUUCUCUCUACCGGGAGGAAUGAUGGCGAAGGCUCCUCCAGGCCCCAGAGACAAACCGAAAAGUGGGGGGAUACUUGAGCCACUAAUAUUCUUUCCAAGGUUAAGUUUAAGCUUCAGUUACUGCGUUUCUCCCAGAUGAAGAAAACAGGCGCUCCCUGAAGCAGCCCCGUCUGGGGUCCUCGGACCCUCCCUGCAGCCAGCUUUCUGUCACUAAGGGCAGGGGAGCGCUCCUGGGCCCCAGGCCUGGCCGAGAUUCGCUCUGCCAGGAGAGGUCUCUGACUGGGGGUGCAGGGCGCCGGGGGCCCCCCAAGCAAGGCGCUCUUUGUACAAUGCCCCAGGAACCUCAGAGCCCUCAGCUCUUGGCCGAGACGCUUCCUGAGACCUGCCAAGCUCGGCGGCCUCCUGCUGCCUCCUGAAGGGAGUGAGAGGCCCGAGCUCUCGCUGCCUGCUCUCCCCUUCCUUCCUUGUACCUCUUCAUUCAGAAUCAUGGGAAGAAAGGUACCCCCAUCUAAUCAUUGGUUGGGUUUCUUGUUUUAAAAGUGCUUUUACUUUGAAUCUGAUCAAUAAGAAGGUAGGGCGCUGAACGGCUCGUGACGUACCACCUUGUCUGAUUAUCUGUCCAUCCACCCGUGUCUGUGUCUCCGCCUGCCAAAACGUGAGGAAACGCCACUCUGGGCUUUCUCUGGGGAGCCCGUUCCCGUGUGUGAAGUCUGCCUUCCCCGGCCCAGCUCCCCAUUAUUGGGAAAUCAGGCCUUGGAAGGAGCCCAGUCCCUCCUUGCUUUGGCAUGGGGGGGGCAGCUCGAGCAUCAAGUCCAAAGAUACCGGGAAAAGGGAAUGAAUAUGCCCCCCCACAACUCCCCCCUCCGACCUCGGGCUCAUCAAAGCCCAAACCCAGUGUUGAAAUGUUCCAAACCCAAGUAUUCUGUAGGAGUCGCCUUAGCCGAGUCUGGGGUGGACGGGCUUGUGGAGCCAGGUGUUUGGCUGGCACCCGCGUGUGUCAUCAGGGAACUUGUCCCCAUGAGUCCCCCCCAAUCCCCGGGCCUGAGUGUCCUCGAUGCUUAAAGCCCAGGUUGGGGAGUCCGGCACUGGCCAGGUGGUGGUACGGCGUCGCUCCUGGCUCUGCGAGGGGCAGGAGGAGGCCAGUUUGGUAAAGAAAGCGGAAUCCCCUGUAUCUACAAAAUGAUGGGAAGAGAUUAUCGGAAUUGGGCCCAGCUCGCAUUUCUUUUGAGCUGCCUUUGCCAGGAGCGGAGCCGGACGGCGGCGGCACAUUUGGGCCGCUGCUCUGGCCCCGGGCGGAGGCGCCUUCGCUCCACUGGCGAUUCAGUGACCUUACGCUUCCUUUCUCAUUUAAUGCGCUUCUUAGAACUCUUUGCCCAUUUUCUCCCUUUAUUCCAUUAUAUUAGUUAGGACUGUGCUCUGGCCACAGUUAGACCAUCAAUGACUCUAUGUACCUUGAGAUACAUUUACCGGUUACUAAUUUUCACUGUUGUGAAAGUGAUUUGAUUUAGAAGAAAAAUAAAAAUGGUUUUACAUUGAAA